GGCGGGAAGUGGGUCCCUUCGCCGCUCCCCCACCACCAAAAAUAGCCCCUCUAAAGGCUUGCAUCGUACCCGUCGACAUUCUCCCACAUAUAAACAGCCUUCGACCUGGAGUAUUCCCAAAUCUCUCAUUUAUUCAAACUCUGCUCUCAGCCUACAAUGGCGCAACGUGUCAACCCAUCCCCAGAGCUUGUCAAACUGUUGGCGAGGAUCUCUCAAUUGAGCCUUGACGAUGCCACAAUCACAAAGGUCGAGCUCAAAUCGAAAGAUGGCAGACCGGCAAAAAUGCAAGUGUCCCGCAUUGACUGGCCUUCCGAGCAUAACGCGAUUGUUGAACAGGCCACGCAGAAGGCUGUUGACGAAACGAAAGCUCAGAUCAAACUAUUAGCGCCGCAAUGUCAGGAGUGGUUUGCGAAUACUCUCCUGCUUGAGGAGGGUAGUCUGCGGCCGAAAGAAGCCUGGCGAACCCGAAGAAUGGAGGACGCAGCUGUACAUACUUGAAUCUAACAUGUGUAUUCGAGUGAUGGAGGGGAAGUUACUGUAUAUCUCGGUGUUGUGCAGAGA